AUGUCUGUCUACGCAAAUGGAAGGACUCCUGCUCAACCCUUCAGCAAGUCUCCAUUCCGUACUCGCAGUGACCUCCAGGAAGCGUGUAAGGCGCUGCUCAACCCUCUCGUACCCCGGUUUACCCCAGGAGGCAGCCGCGUGAAGAUCGGGACUUCAACCACUCGAUUCGACGAAGGCGGCGCACAAAUUGAAGGCUUUGCUCGCCCCUUGUGGGGGUUGGCGUCCCUGCUUGGCGGCGAAUGUGACUAUGAAGCAGCUUCCCGGUGGCGUGAUGGAUUCAUUCAGGGAACGGAUCCAGCAAGCCCGGAAUUUUGGGGAGAGAUCGAAGACAUGGACCAGCGAAUGGUGGAGAUGUGUCCGAUUGGGUUUGCGUUGGCAGUUGCUCCGCAUGUGUUCUGGGACCCUCUAACUAGCCGGCAAAAGAAAAAUGUAGCGAGUUGGUUAGGGAGCAUCAAUGAUCGCGAGAUGCCCAAUACUAAUUGGCUAUGGUUUCGAGUCUUUGCAAAUCUGGGCCUGAGAAAGAAUGGUGCCCCAUACUCACUUUCUCGCAUUGAGGCGGAUAUGGAUCACCUAGAUACAUUCCAUGUGGGAGGAGGAUGGAGUAAUGAUGGUCCUAAAAGCCACCACCAGAUGGAUUACUACUCUGGCUCCUUCGCGAUCCAGUUCUUGCAGCUACUUUACUCCAAACUGGCGAGCGACUUCGACAAGCCACGAGCAGAACGAUAUCGUGAACGGGCUAGGCAAUUUGCACUAGAUUUUGUGUAUUACUUUGACCCUGAUGGACGGUCGAUUCCCUUUGGACGCUCCAUGACGUAUCGAUUUGCUAUGGUUGGAUUCUGGGGUGCCUUGGCUUUUGCAGACGUUACUCCUCCAGAGCCACUCACCUGGGGUACUGUGAAAGGCCUGCUGCUGCGCCAUUUCCGAUGGUGGGCAACCCAAGAGGACAUAUUCAGUAACGACGGAACUCUUAGCCUCGGAUACUCCUAUGCGAAUAUGUAUCUAACGGAGAAUUACAACUCUCCAGGUUCGCCUUACUGGUGCUGCCUGUCAUUUGUACCACUUGCUUUACCCGAAACACACCCCUUCUGGGCAGCCACGGAGGAGCCCUAUCCAACCUCUCUCCAAACAGUGGCAGCUCUAGAGUACCCGAAGCAUAUAAUGAUACAUCGUGGUGGACACUCUUUCUUGCUUUCGUCAGGGCAAGCCUGCCAUUACCCCGUCAAAGCAAUCCAUGCUAAAUACGGCAAGUUUGCGUAUAGUGCGUCUUUCGGAUACUCGGUGCCUACUGGCACAUAUCAGCUAGAGCAGCAUGCGCCUGAUAGCAUGCUGGCCCUUUCAGAUGAUGGAGGUGAUAUCUGGCAAACAAGACGAGUUGUGGAGAAUGCACGUAUCGAAUGGCACGAAAAUGUACCAGUCCUCCUUUCAGGCUGGAAACCAUGGUCCGAUGUCGAGGUCGACACAUUCCUAAUUCCUCCUACCGAGGGAAGGAGGAAUUGGCAUAUCCGCGCCCAUCAUGUGCGCACUGGACGCGAUCUCCAAACUUCAGAAGGCGCCUUUGCAAUCUACGGGUGCCAGAGCAAUAAUGGACGUAUUCUCCGAUCUUUCGAAAAACCCGUCAGCCCUCGAUCUGAAGGGACAUUAACAGAGCCCUGUCGGUCUCUCGCGGUUUCUUCAGCAGGGGCUGUCGGCAUAGUAGAGCUUCAGUCCGACACUAAUCGAGUAGGAAACAUGGUUUUAGCAGAUCCGAAUUCAAAUCUCCUGCAUGGACGAACCUUGCUGCCAUCCUUGGGAACUAAUCUGAAAUCUGGGGCGCAGGUUUGGUAUGUGACUGCAGUGUUUGCCUUGCCAGCACAUGGAAAUGGGGAGGGUUGGCAGGAUUUAUGGCUAGAGAAAUGGAAUAAUCCACCAGCUAUCCCUGAGUGGUUGAAGAAGGUGAUGGAAAGUUGA